AGACACGUGGUCAUAGGCCGGAGAGAGGAAGCGCCGUGCUCGCCAUGUCUCUGGAGUCGGUGCGGUACAGCCGGGGCUCCCUGCAGGUCCUCAAUCAGCUACUGCUGCCGCACACCAGCCAGUAUGACCCGGUGAGCGGAGUGCGGGAAGGAGCCGAGGCCAUCAGGACCAUGAAGGUCCGCGGAGCUCCAGCCAUUGCCAUUGUGGGCUCUCUGAGCCUGGCUGUUGAGCUUUCCUCCCGCCCCCCGAAGCAGGUUUCCGAUCUUCUCACCUUCGUUCGGGAGUCCAUGGAGCUGUUGGUGGGAGCCCGGCCCACUGCUGUCAAUAUGAAGAGAGCAUCCGAUGAACUGAAUUCCUUUCUGGCUGGGGAGGCCGAGAAGCCGGGGGUCACAGCCCAGGGGCUGACUGAGAGUGCCAUCCAAUGGGCAGAGUCUCUUCUAAAACAAGAUGUGAAAGACAAUCAAAUGAUCGGAGAUCUGGGAGCUCAGCACAUCCUGGAGACCACCCAAGCACCUGGCGGUGUCUGUAUAAUGACCCACUGCAACACGGGGUCCUUGGCUACUGCUGGUUAUGGCACAGCUCUAGGUGUGAUACGCUCGCUCCACUCCCUUGGCCGUCUGUCUAAUGUCUUCUGCACAGAGACUCGUCCCUAUAAUCAGGGCUCCCGACUCACGGCCUAUGAGUUGGUGUAUGAAAAGAUGCCGGCAACUCUCAUCACAGACAGCAUGGCAGCGGUCACCAUGCGAGAGCGGCAUGUCAAUGCUGUUGUGGUGGGAGCCGACCGAGUGGUGGCCAAUGGGGACACGGCUAAUAAAGUUGGAACAUACCAGUUGGCCAUCACUGCCAAGUAUCAUGGAAUACCCUUCUAUGUGGCCGCACCUAGCACAUCAUGUGACCUCAGUCUUCCGACAGGAGCCAGCAUCGUGAUCGAGGAGAGGCCAAGCCAUGAGCUGACCGACAUUAAUGGCGUCCGUGUGGCAGCUCCAGGUAUUGGAGUUUGGAACCCAGCAUUUGAUGUCACUCCUCAUGAGCUGAUUACUGGAAUAAUCACAGAGAUCGGAGUCUUCAAACCAGGGGACCUUAAAGCUGGACUGAGCCGUGGUCUUUAAAAAUGUUCUAUAGUGUAAUAAAAUAAUCCAGUGAAUGAAGAGGGCGAGGCAACAUGGGGGUGCAACGGGUUUAACUGACAUUCCAAUCAUCUCUGAAACGUAACGUUUUUGUAAAUCCUUACAUUCUGCAUACCAAGUGAAGUGACUGGCCGGAGGUGAUACACAGAGAUUAAACAAACCCUUCUACAUAAGUUG